UACAUGAUGACGUAAAAUUCAUUCGCCGGACUGGGGUUCCGUUGGGACUGGUAGCAUCAAAAAUACCACCAGAAAUCUUUGUUGAAUUUUGUACAAAACAAGCAAAAUGCCGAAAGUUAAGAGGAGCCGAAAGCCGCCUCCUGACGGUUGGGAACUAAUUGAACCCACUUUGGACGAGUUGGAUCAGAAAAUGAGAGAAGCCGAAACAGAUCCUCAUGAGGGAAAGCGAAAGGUGGAGUCCCUCUGGCCCAUUUUUAGGCUCCAUCAUCAGCGCAGRCGAUACAUCUUUGACCUCUUCUACAAACGAAAAGCCAUAAGCAGAGAACUGUAUGAGUACUGUAUAAAGGAAGGCUACGCAGACAAGAACCUGAUUGCCAAGUGGAAGAAGCAGGGCUACGAGAACCUGUGCUGCCUGCGAUGCAUUCAAACACGAGACACCAACUUUGGAACAAACUGCAUUUGCAGAGUUCCUAAAAGCAAGUUGGAAGUUGGAAGGAUCAUUGAGUGCACUCACUGUGGGUGCAGAGGAUGUUCUGGCUGAGCUGCAGUUUUUGGACUCAUUGUUUUAUUGUUUUUUGUAUUUCAUUGAACAUCAGGACUCAUUAAGCCUUUAAUAACCCUGAAGAAUUUGUUUUUAUUUCAUUCAUCUGCAUCAGAAAUACUCAAUCACCCUCAGCUGUACUCAAAGGAUCAACAUUUUUUUUGUUAUAUUUAAAGACGUUAGAACAAUGAAUAGUAAAAUAACGGGGCCAUUCUGUUUUAGGGUUAAAUUUUCUUUAACAUUUAGAGUUUAAAGCAGGAAAAAAUGUUAUUUCUGAGUCAGAUCUGUCAUUCCAGCUUGUUAUUCCCACCGUCAAGGUCAGUUCUGAUUUAUGUAUGUUUUCGCUUGAAAUUUAAAUGCCGCUAACCUGACCAUAGUAUGAUUUUAAAUAAAAGCAUUUCACAUGCA